AUGGAGCCUGGCGAGCCCAAUGUCCGACCCCAGGAACAGCCAGGCCCGUCGCUCCCCACCAACGCGCCCUCUCCUCCACCGAACCCACCGAGUAUUGAGGCCGCCUACAAGCUCAAGUGCAUUGAGCUGAAGAAACGGCUGCAGGAGGUUGAGGCUAAUAAUGAUGCCAUGCGCCUUAGAAACGAACGGGGCUGGCGCUACAUCCAGAAAAUGCGGCUUGAGUCUAGUAUGCUACUCGAACGGCUGGGUCUUCUUACAGGAAUGACGGAUGAGAACGCAACGUUUCAUGACAUACGUACGCAGGCCAUGAACAUGAUGCAGGAAAGCGGUGCUGCUCCUCCUGCUGAAGGUGCAGAUGAUGGGCCGUCAGAGCGUCCUUCCCGACGCGUUCCCGCCGAAGAAGAUUAUUUAGAUGAUGAGAGCGUUGGGAGCGCAGAUGAUAAACCUCCGACUCCCGAUGAGCGCCCUGUUCGUAGUAAAAAGCAUCGCAAGACCGACGAUAUUUUAAAGGAUCAGAAUGUGGGGGACAACAAUGCCGACUCUGUUAGCUAUACCCUUCCCAAUCUCAUGCCUGAUCUUGCUCCACAUACCCCUGCGACUGGAUAUUUCCAGACUGGACCCUCUUUUCAGCUCCCUUGCACCCCCGUUGCUCCCACCUCGGUUGCAUCAUCCGCGAUGGACGUGCAUAAUCUCCCUGCAGGGGUUGCCGCAUCAUCUCUCCAUCUGGUACCUGAGUCGCGCAGCAGCAGCCGCCAUCAUUUGGAUGGUUUGACGUCUUCAGCCCUGGAGCAGCCACCUUGUCCUUUCGUCUCUGCAUUUGACCACUUCACUAAUCGGAACAGAAACAAAAUAGCUAACGCCCUUUAUCGUACUCGCGGGCCCUCAAUAACCGACGAAGAUGUACACCGAGCCCUUCUCGAACACUGGGAAGAUAUGGACCCGGAAGAUAAACGGAAAUAUGGCGACCUUGUCACGUCGAAAAACCUGAAGAAUUGA